AUGGCUAAGGACUCGUACGAGGAUGCCAUUGCCGGACUUUCGAAGCUCCUGAGUGAGAAAGCCGACCUCGAAGGCGUCGCCGCAGCAAAGAUCAAGCAGAUAACGGAAGAGUUGGAGUCGGGCGGGCUAGACCCGGUCGAGAAGAUCAGAACCGGUUUCCUCCAUUUCAAGAAGGAGAAAUUUGAGAAAGAUGCUGAUUUAUACGACAAGCUUGCGACAGGCCAAAGCCCCAAGUUCAUGGUUUUUGCAUGCUCAGACUCCCGAGUUUGCCCCUCGCACAUCCUCAAUUUCCAACCGGGGGAGGCCUUUGUGGUCAGAAACAUCGCCAACAUGGUCCCUCCAUUUGACCCGAAAAAAUACGCGGGAGUGGGGGCAGCCAUUGAAUAUGCAGUGUUGCAUCUGAAGGUGGAGAAUAUUAUUGUCAUUGGACACAGCUGCUGUGGUGGGAUCAAAGGGCUCAUGUCAAUCCCAGAUGAUGGGACCACUGCUAGUGAGUUCAUAGAGGACUGGGUGAAAAUCUGUUCGCCGGCUAAGAACAAGAUCAAAACAGCAUACAGUGGUUUAACUUUCAAAGAGCAGUGCACCAACUUGGAGAAGGAAGCUGUGAAUGUGUCACUGGGAAACCUACUGACAUAUCCAUUUGUGAGAGAAGGGGUGGUGAACAAGACACUAAGCCUGAACGGCGGAUACUACGAUUUCGUCAACGGUAGCUUCCAGCUUUGGGAUCUUGAGUUCAAAAUUACACCCCAUUUGUCUGUCUGA